GUUUGACAUAGUUAGCAUAGGCUAACUGCAGUCUGUUUGCCCCAGCACAGGACGAGGAAAUGGGCUAGGCUGAAUCAAGCUCUCCUGCGUGAAGACAACUUGUGCUCUCCUCCAUCUACCCCUUUCCCCUCCUCUCUCCCGGCCCCUGGGCCAGGGAAUGUGUCGGCCCCGGAGAUGCCUUACGUGGAUCGGCAGAACCGGAUCUGUGGCUUCCUGGACAUCGAGGAAAACGAGAGCAGUGGGAAGUUCCUGCGCCGCUACUUCAUUCUGGACACCCAGCCGGGCAGCCUGGUGUGGUAUAUGGAUAACCCUCAGAACCUGCCCAUUGGUGCAGACUGUGUUGGCUCACUCAAACUCACAUACAUCUCCAAGGUCAGCGAUGCCACUAAGCAAAGACCAAAGGCAGAGUUUUGCUUUGUCAUCAACGCUGGCAUGAGGAAAUUCUUCCUCCAGGCCAAUGAUCAGCAGGACCUGGUGGAAUGGGUGAAUGCUCUCAACAAGGCCACCAAAAUCACUGUGCCAAAGUCAUGUAAUGCCCAACAGAAUGUGGAGAACCAGAAAGCUCUUCUGGAUAUCCUGGGGCCCAAGAAGCAGGUCUCCUACAGGACUGACAUCAUUGGGGGAGUUCCCAUCAUCACCCAGACGCAGCAGGAAGGGGGCGAGGGCCAGGAGGGUUCGGAGCGAGAGUUGCUGCGGAGGUCGUACAGCCAGCUGCCAUACUUUCUGGGCAGGCCGACCCAGGACCGGACGGUCAUCAAGUCUGGCUACUGUGUGAAGCAGGGAGCUGUGAUGAGAAAUUGGAAAAGGAGAUAUUUCUUACUGGAGGAUAACACCAUGAGUUACUUCAAAUCAGAUCUGGAGAAGGAGCCUCUCAGAAUGAUUCCAUUGAAGGAGGUCCACAAAGUUCAGGAGUGCAAACAGAGUGACAUCAUGAUGAGGGAUAAUCUCUUUGAGGUCGUCACCACUUCUAGGACUUUUUACAUUCAGGCUGACAGUCCAGAGGAGAUGCACAGCUGGAUCAAGGCUGUCUCUGGGGCCAUCGUAGCCCAGCGGGGACCUGGGAGAUCUGCAGCCACACAGGAGCACUGUGGCCGUUCCUCCCCUUCCACAUUCUACUGCAGCCAACCGGGGCCCCCCGUCCCUCGCUCGCCCAUAUCUGCAGUGCCACCCUACCCAAGGUGCCCUGCUGUCACGGGCGGUGCAUGCCCGGAGCCUUGCGUGGGACAGCGAGCACUUCAUGAGCCUCCUGCCGCGACCCAGCCACGCCCGACUGUCCCUGCAGGAGACACGCCUGUCCAAGUGACCGCCGACACUGCCCUCGAGUCGCCAUGGAGACGGCGCAGCAGCUUCGAGCCCUACCCACCUGAACCACCCCUUGACCUGGACGCUGACGACCUGCCGGUCAGCGAAGUCUGACCCCUGAAACCUACCCAUGAACUACCCUCAACCUACCCCCACACUACCCUGUAACCUGUCAGAGGGGGUGGGCUACAGAGGAGAGGAGAUGCUGUGUGAUAAUGGGGGAAAUGAGAAGAAUGCUUUUGAAUAAACGAGAGCAGCAGAACAGUGGGCCGCUUGUCUCGUCUCCACCAAACUGACCAGAAGUCAUCUGGAUGGAAAUGGCAGAAAGCAGGCACUGGAUUCCAAGCCAAAGUUAGUGGCUGUAUAAUGUGUCUGACUUCCAACCAUCUCAACCCCCCUGUUCGUGAAGCUGUUAAUCUACCCCAACUAGUCAACCCUAGUCAGACAUUAAAGAGUUGAAGGUCACUCAGACAAAGAGACUGGGGGGUUGCGUUUUCUCCUUGUUUUCAUUGUUUGUCAUCUACUCAGUGGUCAAGGCCUGUGGACACUCACAUGAAGGCCUGGAAUCAGUUGUGUGUCUUGUGUGUGUGCAAGGAGGGUGAGAUUCACACUGAACUCUACGCCAAAGAUUCCCCGCCAUUUGCCAUUCUUUCCCACCUGUUUCUCUGUUCUUAUUUAUUUCUUAGGGUUAAUUUUGUUUAGAAAACUAAAAUGUUUUUUAUGUUUAAUUAAAAUAUAUACACUGAGUAUAUAAACAUGAGGGACACCUUCCUGAUAUUGUGUUGCAUCCCCUUUUGCCCUCAUUUUGCCCUCAGAACAGCCUCAAUUCCUACUACCACACCCCAUUCAAAGGCAC